UAACAGUAACAUUGUCAAUAAUUUUGAAAUUGCCACCAUUACAAUGGUAUUGAAUGAAAAUAUCGAUAUAUUAUCAAUAAUAAUGAUACUGUGAAAUGGAAAUAUCAAAGUCUUGACAAUUGAUAUAUCAAACUAAUUCUCACUUUUUUCCCGGGGAAAACUGAUUUUAUUGCAUUCAAAAAUGUACAAAUCAGGAUUGUAUUUUACUUUUACUUAUUUAAACUAUGUAAUUUGAAUAAUGCAUUUCCAAACAAAGAUGUAGAUGAUGUUUGAGAAUAUGUAAUUAUUAAUAGUCGAUAAUUAUUAUUUAUCAAUGUAUUGAUAAUAUUAUAACAACAUUUUGGGUCUAUCAUGAUGACACGACACACGAUGCACAUUGCACAAGGACCAACGGUUUUUUGCAAAUGACAACAGUAAUUUUUGUGAUUUUAUCCAGGAAAUAUAGGAGCUGUGGUGAUGAAAUUUUCCAACACAAAAGAAAAAGACAUAGAAGCAGUAUGGUAAUCAAAUACUGGCUGAAGUCUCCAAAAACUCGGUUUACCAGCAAAGAGAAAUCUAAAAAUGUUCAAACACCGGAUCCUGGAGGAAAAUGUGAAUGCUUCAAAAAUUGAGAUUGAAUUGAGGUGCAGUAACAUAAACCAGUAUGUAGCUCAAAAAAUUGCUACUUUAAACAGGAAGAGAUUAAAGUAUUCUGGAGCACCACAAUAAGGACCUUUCUUAAUAGAUAAAUGACAUGCAUAUGAGUUAUUUUAAUAAACAAACUUCUCACAUUAUUUAUGUCUCAACUAUUUACAUCCCUUAAUUUUUCAUCAAUAUGUCAAUAGACAUCUAUUCACUGAAUCCAAUUCACUUAUAUUAAUUAUAGAUAAUUAAACAGGUAUACUCUCAUGUCUGAUGCCAGUUGCAGCUGGGUUAAAAUAUUAUAAUCCUUGGACAUGUUAUCUUCAUCCUAAGCUGCUCUCCUAGAUUUAAAAGAGGAUUUUUUCUAUAAAGGAGACAGGCUGCUUAUAGAUGGCUAUUGAUCUGUAUUGAUAUCAAUACAGCUGGUUAUGUAUUGAUAUCCAUGGCUACCUAUUGAUGUGUAUUGAUAU